GCCUCUUGUCUAUUACCAAAGACCACUCCCUCGCAACGGCAGUGGUGCGGUCUGGAACUGCCCAGCAGCCUCCGCCAUUGUUAAGACGCGUUGUUUGAUCGCCCUGCCGUCAGCCCCGCGCCUUUGUUGAAGAGUUAGAAGGUGUUACAGCUCAGGGAGCCUCUCGGAACCUGCCACUGCCUUUUGUGCCCCGCGCCCCACCUUCCCUGGGGGCUGGUGUGUAUGAGUGUUUUAACAUCACGAGCUCGCGAUGUCCACGCCCGCCCGGAGGCGGCUCAUGCGGGAUUUCAAAAGGUAAGCGCUGAGUCGGGACCCCCCUUCCCAGACGCUAACGAGGAAAGCAAGUAAGGAAGAGGUGAGGUGAUCCAACAUGGCGCUAAUAAAGGUAGCGUAGUGACAGAGUUGUGUUACUUGCACAAGGCAGGCAGUGGCGCCCAUGGAUGGAGAGUUACGUCGUUUGCCCUGAUUGGGUGGACGGUGAUACUCUCUCCCGCCACUGAAUUGGGUGUCUUUUUCCCGUCCCUCCCUCCCAAAACAGGCUUCAGGAGGACCCUCCAGCCGGAGUCAGUGGGGCUCCCUCGGAGAACAACAUAAUGGUGUGGAACGCGGUCAUAUUUGGGUGAGUAGGCAGGCCUGGAUCGCCUGUUCUUCCUUUUCCAAAUAAAUCCGAAAAAAGAGGUUUAAAACUCUAUGUAAUCUCAGUGUCCAGAUCUCCGUUUCUCUCAGAAUAAUAAUCAGCAAUCCUUAUCGCGCAUCUUGAGGGGGGGGGGGGGGUGUCUGCCAAUGUGUGCUCUUCUUACUAUUAUUAUUCUUAUUUCACGUAUAUCAUGCUGUUCCUUCUAAGAGCACAAAAUGAAAAUGCCUGUUCCCAUUCAGUGUUUUUCAUAAAGUUAGGUAUCUUUCUAUGCUUUCCAGGAGUGCAGAAUGAUAUGUCUUCGAUACAUGUAUUUAUUAUAGUAAUAUUAUUACAGUAGAAAACUGCUUGUAUUUUGGGAAGAAAAAGAAAGACACAAGUGUAAUAAUUAUAAUUGUAGCUGCAUCUCGCUCCUCUCCUGUUUCUAAGAUGUUCAUAGUAGGGUCUAUUUGCUAUUAAAAUUAUUUCUUUAAUGAUUAUAAUUAGUUUUGCUCAUCCUCUGAGGUCAUGUAGUUUUGCAGGGAUGACUGUUUGUAACAGCUAUUGUUCUUAAUUGUAUUUUCCUCUUUGUCCAGUGAUGGCGGAAGGUGUUUUUUUUAAAUAAAAAAAAAUCUCAACAGUGUUAUAAAGUCAUAUAUCCAGGCAGAGAGGGUUGUGUUUCUGUGUGAGUUUACAAAAACUAGAGCUGGUGCUGGACAAAAUUUAUUUUAAUUCCAAUAAGCAGCCUCUGGUGUGUUGUACAUUUUUAAAAAAAUCUCUUGCUGUAAGGCAGGAAUCGCCAACCUUUUUGGGCCUAUGGACACAUGUGCAAACAGGUGAAACUGCUGUGGGCACCACACACCCAUCAUGACCUAUUCUGUUGAGUACAACAGAAUGCUUUUUUCCAAGUCUAAUUUCAGCUGGAAAGAGAGGACCAUGUGGGCUCCAGGAAAGGCUUCUGCAGGCAUAUACCUGUAUUUUUCACACCAUAGGACGCACUAGACAAUAGGACGCACCUUGUUUUAGAGGGGGGAGAACAAGAAAAAAAAUUCUCCCCCUCUCUGCCCAGCGCCCCUUCAGCGAAGCGGCAGGAGGCGCUGCGCAGAGAGGGGGAGAAUUUUCCCCCUCUUGUUUUCCGCUCUAAAACAAGGUGCCGUUUAAGGUGCGCUCAGUCGCCUUCAGGUGGCUACCUUGGAAGCCUGGAGAGCGAGAGGGGUCGGUGCUCUCCAGGCUUCAGGUUCCUUUCGACCUGCUCUUUGGGGCUGGCGGGGGGAAGCCCACCACCAGCCCCAAAGAGCAGGUCGGGGAGCAGCGGAAAGGCGCGCAGCGGAGAGGCUGCUGCCAUAGUCGCGCAUCACCUCUCCAGCCGGGAGAGGGUUGUGGGGGGCUUCUUUAGCCCCGCGCGCACUCUCCCGGCUGGAGAGGUGGCGCGCGGCUAUAGAGGCUCCUGCCAUAGCCGCGCGUCACCUCUCCAGCCAGGAGAGGGUCACGGGGGGCUUCUUUAGCCCUGCGCGCACUCUCCCGGCUGGAGAGGUGGCGCGCGGCUAAAGAGGCUGCUGCAAUAGCCGCGUGUCACCUCUCCAGCCAGGGGAAGGUCGCUGGGCUAUGGCUUCUUUAGCCCCGCGCGCGCUCUCCCGGCUGGAGAGGUGCCGUGCGUCACCUCUCCAGCCCAGGAGAGGGUCGCGGGGCUAUGGCGUCUUCGCUCCAUAGGAUGGACACACGUUUCCCCUUCAUUUUUGAAGGGGAAAAAGUGUGUCCUAUAGAGCGAAAAAUACGGUAUGUGUGCUUGUUGUGGGCACCAUGUUGCAACCCCUGGUGUAAGGAGUUUGAGAAGGUACAUAUGGCAGUCAUUCCACUUCUCCCCCGAUUAUCCUUGCAACAGACAUGUAAGUAGAUUAGCCAGUGAAGGUGUGCAAACAUUGUUACUGGUGGUGACCAGGAUUUUUAAUUUUGUUGACCAGUAAAAAAAACCAUCCAGUAUGCUCCAUUAGGAGUAACAGCUGAUAGCAAUGCAGGGGCACAUUACUCCGGGCUUCAUCUUUACAUUGGAGCAUUGGUUUUCAACCAGUGUGCCGUGACACCCUGGGGUGACUUGAGGAACAUCCUUUCAUUAACUUGCAGCCCAUAUCUUCCUGCAUUACAGUGGUGCCUCGCAAGACGAAAUUAAUCCGUUCCGCGAGUGUCUUCGUCUAGCGGUUUUUUCGUCUGGCGAAGCAACCCUAUUAGUGGCUUAGCGGAUUAGCGCUAUUAGCGGUUUAGCGGCUAUUAAAGGCUUGUUGGAUUAGCGGAUUAGCUGCUAAAAGGCUAUUAAAGGCUUAGUGGCUUAGAUAAAGGGGGGGAAAGCGAAAAAAAAAUCUCAAGACUCGCAAGACAUUUUCCCAUAGGGAAAUUCGUCCUGCGAAGCAACUCAAAAACGGAAAACCCUUUCGUCUAGCGGGUUUUCCGUCUUGCGAGGCAUUCGUCUUGCGGGGCACCACUGUAUCUUUCUCUCUUUCUCUGAGGAACAUUCAAGGGAGCCGGCAGCUUUAAGUUGCAGCACGUUAUCUUCCCGAAAUAAAACAACAGCAAAAAAAGUGAGGAAGCACUUCUUAAAAUCUUCCUUCCCGCAAAAAAUAAAUCCUCCCCAGCUUCAGUAACUAACAAUGCCUUAGUUUUACGCAGAGGGCAUGAGAAAUGCAAGAGACUAGCAAAAUAGCUUGAUGGUGUGUGUGCCUGGAUGUAUGUGUGCUCUAUAAGGAGGGGUAUAAAAACAACCCUGAAAAUGAGUGUAUUCUGUGUUUCUCUCUCCUCCUACCCCCAGCAUCCCUUUCCCCUCUUCUGCUCUACCCAGGCAACCUCCCUCCUCCUUAUCAGUCACCCAGCUUUAUGGGGUGACUGAUCUUUUGCUGCAGUGGUGGCUGUCAGACCAGCAGACUGCAGUCAGUCAGGGGUAGAUGCUAGGCACAAAUGGUGCCCCUGGACAUCUCCAUCCACUUGCAAAAGGCUGCUUGGCAUAGCUCAACGAUAAUUUUGAACCCUGAUCAAGCAUUAGCUUCAGAGUGGUCUGCAAAUGUGGCAAAAAACCAGAAUCCACUGAAUAUUACGUCCUGUUAGACAGGGGAGGAAGUUUAUUUAUAUAUAUAUCAUUUUUUAUUUGAUUUUCCAAAAUAGAGGAAAGAAGAAGAAAAAGAGAAAGAAAAGGAAUAAGCUUACAUCAAAAGAUCAUACAAAUUCCACAUAUCAAGAUUACUCUGAAUCUCCUGACUUCCCCCCAUCCCAUCCAUGGGUCCUCUUAAUUCUAUUUUCAACUGCAUAUCAAUACUUCUCCAAUUUUUUAUCUUCCUAGGUUAUCUGUACUUUCUAUUACAUUACAAGUGUAUUUAGAAUCCUGCUACUGUUUUAACCUGUUUGCAAUGAUUUUGUAUAUACAUUAUAAACAUUUCCCUUUUUUUAAAAAAAAAGUUUCUUGUCUUCUUGGUUUCUGAGCUUCUCAGUUAAUUUUGCCAUUUCGGCAUAGUCCAGCAACUUGAUUUGCCAUUCUUCUUUGGUCAGGGUUGUCUCUUCCUUCCAUCUCUGGGCUAGCAAGAUCUGAGCUAGCAAGAUCUAGCAAGAUGUUGUAGCAUACAUGAACAGUUUCCUCUGAUCUUUGGGGAUCUCAGUACCUAUAAUUCCUAGUAAAAAAGCUUCUGGCUUUUUAGGGAAAGUUAUUUUAAACAUUUUUUCAUUUCAUUAUAUAUCAUUUCCCAGAAUUUUUUGAUUACAUUACAGUUCCACCACAUAUGAUAAAAGUUACCUUCUAUUUCUUUACAUUUCCAGCAUAUAUUGGUACUUGUUCUAUACAUUUUUGCUAAUUUUACUGGGGUUAAGUACCACCAAUACAUCAUUUUCAUAUAGUUUUUUUUCAGUGAGGAACAUGCCAUAAAUUCAGAUGUGUUUUCCACAGCCUCUCCCAAUCUGUCAUUUUUAUAUUAUGUCCCACAUCCUUCGCCCAUUGUAUCAUCACAGAUUUGACCUGUUCAUCCUUUGUGUUCCCUUCCAGGAGCAAAUUAUACAUUUUUGACAACAAUUUAAAGUUAUUUUCUAAGAUCUCUCUUUGAAAUCUUGAUCAUUCAUAACUAAAACCAUUCUUUUUAUCCAUUAAAAAAAACAUUUAAUUGUUGGUAUUGUAACCAGUCUAUUACCAGUUCUCUCACCUCAUCAAAAUCUUUUAAUUUUACCUGGUAGGUUUUCUACCUCGGUUAACGCUCUCUAUAUGUUGGCUAGUUAGUCCUCAUAUUCACUUUCUUCACAGAUAUUGCUUCUAACUGGGAAAGCCACCACAGUGUUUUUUGUUCUAAUAGAUCUUUAUACUUCUUUAUACUUUUACUUUUUAUACUACUUUAUACUUUUUAUACUUCUUUAUACUUUAUACUUUUAUACUUUAAAAAUUUAUUUUCUUAGUAUAUGAUUCUGAAAUCCUUUAUGUACUUUUACUUUAUCAUACCAUAAAUAUGCAUGCCAUCCAAAUCUAUUAUGUCCUCCUAGAUCUAACACAUAUCUGUUUUUCAAUAUUAUCCAUUCCCGGAUCCAGCAGAUGCAAGAUGCCUCAUAGUAUAAACUCAAAUCCGGCAGGGCAAAACCUCUCUCUCAUAUCUGAUAAUAAUUUAUAUUUUAUUCUUGGUUUCUUCCCUUGCCAGAUGAAUCUAGAAAUAUAUAUUUGCCAUUCUUUGAAGCAUCCAGUACUGCUUAUCACCGGGAUUGAUUGAAAUAACAUUCUUGACAAUACAUUCAUUUUAAUCAUUGAAAUUCUCCCCCAUAACGAUAAAUUCAUUCUCCCCAAAUUCUAAAUUCCUUUUUAUUUCUUUCCAUUUUUUUCAUAAUUAUCUUUGAAUAUAUUAAUAUUUUUAGCUGUCAACCAUACCCCCAGAUAUUUUACUUUUUAAUGUAUAUUUAAAUCCAUUAUCUGUUGUAACUCCUUUUUGUAUUGCUCCAUCACAUUUUUCAAUAAAACCUUAGUCUUAUUUUAUUCAGUUUGAAACCUGACACCUGUCCAAAGUCCUGAAUUUUUUCCAAUACCUUUGGUAAUGAGUUUUUUGGGUCCUCUACCGUAAUCACAAAGUCACCAGCAAAUGCUUUUAAUUCAUAUGCUUUAUUUCCUACAGUUAUUCCUCUAAUUGUUUCAUCUGUGCUUAUCUUCCUCACCAGGACCUCUAGCACUAAAAUAAAUAAUAAUGGUGACAGGGAACAGCCUUGUCUUGUCCCCUUUAAUAUCUUACAUUUUUCUGUUGUAACAUUAUUCACAAUUAACAUUGCUUGUUGAUCGGAGUAUAUUGCAUCAAUACCUCUCCCAAAGGUCUCCUCAAAAUUCAUCUUUUAUAUUACCAUCUCAUUUCUAACUUCCAGGUGUGCUCUAUAACAUCAAUUAUAUUCCUUAUAUUAUCCUUCACCUGGUGUCCUGGUAGGAAACCAGCUUGAUCAUGAUGGAUUAUUUCUGUCAAGACUCCUUUCAAUCUAUUGGCCAAGAUGUUUGCAAAUAAUUUAUAAUCGUCGUUUAAUAGAGAGAUUGGUCUAUAGCUUUUAACCAAAAGUAAGUCUGCGUCUUAGGACGCGGGUGGCGCUGUGGGUAAAACCUCAGUGCCUAGGACUUGCCGAUCGUAUGGUCGGCGGUUCGAAUCCCCGCGGCGGGGUGAGCUCCCGUCUUUCGGUCCCAGCUCCUGCCCACCUAGCAGUUCGAAAGCACCCCUAAGUGCAAGUAGAUAAAUAGGUACCGCUUUAUAGCGGGAAGGUAAACGGCGUUUCCUUGUGCUGCGCUGGUGCUGGCUCGCCAGAGCAGCUUCGUCACGCUGGCCACGUGACCCGGAAGUGUCUCCGGACAGCGCUGGCCCCUGGCCUCUUAAGUGAGAUGGGCGCACAACCCUAGAGUCGGACACGACUGGCCCGUACGGGCAGGGGUACCUACCUUUAAGUUUGCGUCUUGCUUUGGGAUCAAGGUAAUGAAUGCCUCUUUCCAGGCCUCUGGUACUUUACCGUUCUUUAAAAUUUCAUUCAUAACAUCUUUCAAUGGCUGCACCAGAGAGUUCUGGAGUUGUUUUUUUAAUAUUUAGCUGUCAGGCCAUUGGGUCCUGGUGUUUCAGGGGAGGAAGUUUCUUAGUUGAGUAUAUGUCCAGUCACCUGUGAACGAUGAUGGCUGUCUUCAAAUAUCUGAAGGGGUGUCACAUUGAAGAGGGAGCAAGCUUGUUUUCUGCCGCUCCAGAGGCUAGGACCCAAACCAAUGCAUUAAAAUGCAAAGAAAUGAAAUUCUGACUAAACAUCACGAACAACUUUCUGGUGGUAAGAGCUGUUCGACAGGGAAACGGUCUCCCUCAGAAGGUGGUGAACUCUCCUUCACUAGAAAUUUUAAAGCAGAGGUUGGAUAGCCGUAUGUCAGGGAUGCUUUAGUUGAGAUUCCUGUGUUACCGGGGGUUGGAUUAAAUGACCCUUGGGGGUACCUUUCUGUGUGACAAAUUGGUUGCCAUCAGACCAGAGCCAUGCAGCACCAUCAUGCUGCUGCCUUUAUUUUUAAAAUAGCAGCAAAACUGGGGCGGUGAGCAGUGUGCAGUUUCCUUAGCACUGCUGUUUUAAUUACACAAUGCUAUGGAGUAUUUGGGGGUGGUAUCCCCACCAUUUGACCCAGAUGGCAUCUGGGUUGAGAGCAGGAUUAGAGGUGGCAGCAGCACAGGAGCAGGUGACUGCUUGGUAGAAGUUAUUUACAUAAGUAAAACUACCCACAUGUAGAAAUUGUGAAAUUGCUAAAACUUUUGGGUUUUUUUCUCCCAAAACUCUUAAAGCUUGCUCACUCUGACCCCCAUUUCUGUGCUGGGCACGGGUCAAAAUUCAACUAUACAGUGGAAUCUUGCCUGUCAAAUGCUUUGGAAGUAAAAUGUUUUGGCUUUCGAAUGCCGACAACCCGGAAAUGAAUGCUUCCAUUUUCGAACGUGCCUCGGAAAUCGAACAGCUUCUGAGGCACGUUUCUCCAUUUUUUCCCCAUGGAUUUUGCCGACCACCCAUUGCGCCUCGAUUGUUGAACGUUUUGGAAGUAGAACGGUCUUUCAGAAUGGAUUACGUUCGGCAACUGAGGUACCACUGUAUGUCAUUCUGUAAAGGCUGACUGCCAGUUCAACAGUAAACUAACUUUGGCAAACAACAUGUGAGGUGCUGAUAUGCUUUCUCCUCUUUCAGGCCUGAGGGAACCCCAUUUGAAGAUGGUAAGUAUUAAAACAAAGCUAAAAAAUGUUUUCAGUGAAGACAAGGUGGAUGUAAUCCAUAUAUUAAUGACUCCCAGGAUUCCAUGGAUCAGCUGUCCUUGCUCUCUCUUGGCUAAAACACAGCCAGCUGCAGUUAAGCAUUUUGCCUUGUAAGUGGUGACUAGGCUUACUGUGUAAAUAGUGCCCUUUACUUAAGAACUUAUUUGAAUUUCUUCUUAUAAACGAAGUCUGCUUAAGGUAACAGUGUAUCAUACGUGUUCAGAGGCAAUAUAUCUUUGAUCACCGGUUAUCAAGGAUGGCUAUCUCCAUAAAUAGAGAGUGUUUCAAAUACAUGGUCCCUUUUCUCUUUCCUCUGGAUAAAAACACUGGUUCAUUCCCUCCCAUUUUGACAAUUGUAGUCUUCUCCUCAAUCCCCUUUCUAGCACUUUGCUGUCAACUUCAUUCACCUCCCUGGUUGUUCUGAUCAUGUGGUCUAUCUAUACAUUGUUCAAAACCAGUUUGAAGCCCACAUCGCAAUAACAGUUUCAUUAUAUUUGACCCAGCAAUAUAUUGCGAACAGCCUUCAAAACUCCAGGUAGCAGUACAAUUGCAAGUAAUUUGAGAAGUCCUGUCCCUGUGUAUGGUGAUUACUGGUUGCUGCUUUCCAAAUACUGUUUUGCCUCCCCCAAGUGAGAUGGGCUGGCUGCUUCCUUCCAAGCAGCAGGAAGGUCAGGUGUAGGACUGGGUGAUAACUAGUUUUCAAUAUUGCGGUAUAUCAAUGGCAACUGCUACUACUUAAGGUUCUGAAACGGAUAAAUGAUGAUAUUAUCAAUCACCUAAUGGUCACUUUCAGCAGCAGGCAAGCCAAAAUGCAUCGAAAUGAGACACUCCAAAAAAUGAGACAGUCCAAAGUACGGUGAUGAGUCAUAGUGAAUACAAAUAAUCUGGGACUGCCAGCAGGCCUGCUAGGCAGCAGAAGCGGCAGCCGCCUGGCAGCAGUGGCACAAUAAUCAGCAGCCUAUGAAGCCUUGCCACGGCAGUGGGCGGUGGUAGCAGAAGCCUGCGAGGCCUUGUGGUGGCCUGCAAGGCCUUACGGCAGUGGCAAAAGCAACAACGGCCUGCAAGGCCUUGUAAUUGUGGUGGCAGUGGCAGCGGCCUGUGAGCUUCCUAGAGGCAUCUGGCUGGCCCACUGUUGUCAGUGGAAUAGCAGACUACGUAAUAAUUGAAUCUCCUAUACCUAGGGAAUUCCGUGAAACUGCUGGAGCAUCUGCACAACAGGUACAGGGGAAGUUUCAAUCUGUGAACAAGAUAAUUAGGCCUUGCCUCUUUCAAUUGCAGGAACUUUCAAGCUUACCAUAGAAUUCACAGAAGAAUAUCCAAACAAGCCACCUACUGUUAGAUUUGUUUCUAAGAUGUUUCAUCCAAAUGGUAUGUACCAUCUAAAAUGGAGUGGUUUGUGUCUUUAACUACAGCAAUAGUCAUGGAAAUGGAUUCUAAAAUAUAGAAUUCUAAAGCCUAUAUUGCAAAGUUCACAUUAGACUUGCAUAGAUCUUAGAAAGGAAAUGCGUACCUGGUUCUUAAUCCUUGCUUGAAAUACCAUGCUGUGAACAUCUUCAUAAACAUAGUUGUGAGGUCAGAAAGGAGGAUGUGUUGGUGGAGCAAGGUGCAGUUUACAGAUUCAGUUCACCAGGGGCCUGUUUCAUAACUUGUGGAAAUCAGAUGAGGAACAAGCUUCAGACACUUACUCUGUGCGUGACUUUAGUUAGUUAUUCAAUAAAUGCUGACAAUGAGCUGUGAGUGACAACCUGGCAAGAGAAACUUGCAGGGCACUGGCUCUUGUUAUGAAACCCAUUCAUUUCCUUUUGUAGUCUAUGCAGAUGGUAGUAUAUGUCUGGAUAUUCUUCAGAACCGUUGGAGUCCUACCUAUGAUGUAUCAUCCAUCUUAACAUCCAUACAGGUAACAUCAGGGAUUUACUUUCUGUAAUAACCAUGAAAGCAGAAACACAACUAUCUGGUGAACUAUCUGCCAUGUGAUUCCAUCAUCAUUAUUUAAGACCCAUCCUUUUAUUUCUGUUAAUUAUAAAAUGCAAUAGUAUAACUACAGGGGGUUGGACUAGAUGAUCCUCAUGGUCCCUUCCAGCUCUACAAUUCUAUGAUUGUGAUUCUAUAAAUGUACAUACAAUGUGGGUAAAAUACAAAAUAACUGAAACACUACUGACUAAACAACUGGGAAGGGCCUAAAGUGUUAAAAGCACUUCAAAGAAGACUCCCCCCCCCAAAUUGAAUUAGUGAUACAUUGCAUCCCCACUCUGUGACUUGCCCAAAAAGAUUAACAAAAUGGCUUCACAAACUGAAGCAGCUAUACAUUUCAGAAGCACUGCAUCACUACAAUUUUUCUAGUGGUGAUGAUUACCUUUUGCGUAUUUGGUGUAGCAGAAGCAUAUUCUUACAGUCUUGGGAGUGUGCUUUCUCCUCCCCUUCCUUUUUGCACUUUUGAAAAUGUUCAGAAGUCAUCCACCUUCAAACUGUCGCUUGAAGCCCAUGCAAGAUGUCUGCUGGUAGGGUAUUCACAAGGCCAAAAGCCUUGGACGGUUCUCUAAUGGACUGUUCUCCCAUCAGAACUGAUUCUGAGCAUAGUUAUGUAGGCUUAAAGGAGUGGCUCAUUGCACACAUUAAGCUUUGCUGUUGGAACAAAGAUAAUUGUUAAUUGUGUAACUUGUACAUGUGGAGUGUGCAUGUCAUUGUGUUAAAAACAAUGGGAUAGGUGCAGGCUAAGCAGGGGACCUGAAAUAUCCAAGAAACGUUCCUAAUAUACAUGGUACAUCUGUCAAGCUUUGAUAUGUUGAAUUAACCAUUUUGCUUGCUUUGUUUGAAACCUCAUUAUGAAACCUGGUCCAUCUUUUUCUUCUCAAAACAGUCUUUACUGGAUGAGCCUAAUCCAAACAGUCCUGCAAACAGCCAGGCAGCUCAGCUAUACCAAGAGAAUAAGCGGGAAUAUGAAAAACGGGUUUCUGCAAUAGUAGAGCAGAGUUGGCGUGACUGUUGACCCUGGAUGAUGCGUAUGUAUGAAGUGUCUGAGUUGUUCUAGCAUCACUGCAUUUACUUUAAAAAGCAAAAUAGCUGUUGUGCUGUUGCCACUCAACCUUACUGAAGCUUCUUUCUCCUUGGACAACAGAAAGCAACCCCUCCGCCAUGAGGUCAAAUGUACUGUACUUGGGUUACUUGUAAAAGACUUAAUAAGGCUGAAUUCCACUUUCUGUGAUCUACCACCUCAUAUUAGGGCAGUAUUGUGCAUUUCUCUAGUGCAGGGACAUCCAACUCCCAAUAGACUGCAAUCUGCUCACAUUAUAAAAAAUCUGUCAGUGAUCUACUCAUUGUCGUAAAAAGACUAGCAGUUAUCUACCCAUAAUUGCUGAACUUUUUUUAGGAAGCCAAAGUUGUGGUUGGGGUUGGUGUUUUUUUUGCUUUUUUUGCUUCUUUUUAAGGAGAUCGCUGAGGGGCCAGAGAUCUGCUGGGAACACCCCACGAUCUACCUGUUGGACAUGCCUGCUCUAUUCUACACUAAUAUUUUAAUUACAAUUACGUGUUAUACACAAUGUAACUAGAUUUUUUUAAAAGAAUGUUUAUCUACAAUAUACAUUUUUAACUGUGACUCAAGUGCUGAUCUGUCUAGGCUGGUCAUUUAACUGCUUGUAUCAACUUCAAUGCAUCUGUAAGUACUGUGUGAAGAACUAACUUUUCCCUGCUGUUUUCUCAUUCUUCCUUUUUUCUGUUCAGCAAUGUGAUGAAAGCAUUUCAAAUUGCAAAAUGGGCUAUUAUUUUAAGCUCAUCAGAGGUGAGGGAAGGAGGUUACAGUUUGCUCUGUGGGUCAUGUGCAAAGUGAUUUAUCAUUGUAGUGUGGUAACAUAUCUAAGGAAGUGCUAGGUAUCCUUUCUUUUAAGAAUAUCCGAACUGCUUAGUAGUUUUCAAGGCUUUUUGAAGAUUGCUAUGGGACAGGGGUUGACAAUAACUUUGUGGCGCGCAAAGAAUGAGAGAAAAAUCAAAGUGCUUGUUUCCCUUUCUACAGGUGAAACUCGGAAAAUUAUAAUAUCGUGGAAAAGUUCAUUUAUUUCAGUAAUUCAGCUUAAAAGGUGAAACUAAUACAGUGGUACCUCGGGUUACAUACGCUUCAGGUUACAGACUCCGCUAACCCUGAAAUAGUACCUCAGGUUAAGAACUUUGCUUCAGGAUGAGAACAGAAAUCGUGCGACGGCAGCAUGGCAGCAGUGGGAGGCCCCAUUAGCUAAAGUGAUGCUUCAGGUUAAGAACAGUUUCAGGUUAAGAACAGACCUCCGGAAUGAAUUAAGUAUGUAACCAGUAUUAAGUAUGUAACCAGAGGUACCACAGAGAAAGAUGAGAGACAUGAGACCUAGCAAUGCAGAAGAGCUGAAGGCUGCUAUUGAAGCAUCCUGGUCUUCCAUAACACCUCAGCAGUGCCACAGGCUGAUCGCAUCCAUGCCACGCCGCAUUGAGGCAGUAAUUGAUGCAAAAGGGGCCCAAACCAAGUACUGAGUACAUAUGCAUGCUUCUACUUCUCAGAGGUCCAAUAUUGCUCUAUUUGCAAUCCUUGUUUUGCUGAUUUCAUUUAAUAAUCUAAUUUUCUGAGAUGGUUAAUUUGAGGUUUUCAUCAGCUGUACGCCAUAAUGUCACAAUUAUAACAAAUAAAGGCUUGACAUAUCUCACUUUGCAUGUCAUGAGUCUAUCUCAUAUAUUAGUUUCACCUUUUAAGUUGAAUUACUGAAAUAAAAGAACUUUUCCACGAUAUUAUAAUUUUCCGAGUUUCACCUGUAUAACUAAUCCUUCUGUCUCUUACUAGAGAAAAUAAGAUGCUACUGCUUUGCUUUCUGUUUUAAAAAAAACAGUAAGGAGGUCACAAGUGCUAUUACUGCAUUUUUCAAUCUCUCACCUCCCUUAUCAAGUUGUUCAACCUUUGGAAAAGCAGUUUUGUAAGCUCAGUUUCUGCAUUUUAGAUACCUUAAGCAGCAGUGUCAGAGGAGACUGAUCAAUGUGUUUGUCUGCUCUUCCAGUGUCUUCUGUGUAUAUAUUAAUUCAACUUCACACAAUUAACCCACGUACAAAACAUUUUACAAUUACUUGUAAAUAAAUGUAUAAUCUUAAAGUGCUUAUUGUUGAAGGCGGCAAAAUACCUAUCACUAUUUUUAUUCUGGUAAAUGUUCUGGAAAUAAUAAUGCUGCUGCUAGUUGCCCUUCUUCAAGCUGGCUUCACCUGCUUGGGGAGCUUAUAUUAUUGAAACAGUCUGAAGCAGCUUACCUUCCAUAUGCAAUUGAAAUUAUUCAACCCCCAUUGCAAAUCAGGUUUAUUUGCAAACAGCUGAAAGUCUGUAAAUUUUGAUAUGAGCAAAUAGCUCAACACAACGGAUGCUUCAAGUGGUUUCCCCAAAUUCAGCUGAAAUUGCAACUUAUAUGGCAGGCAUAGGUAAACUCGGCC